AUAUAAGCAUUUUUCAAGAUAUUUAUCAAUUUUGGAUAAAUUAAUUAUGGCUACACAUUUAUCUUACAUGGCAUCAAUUUCUAUACCUGAGUCUCAGUAUACUAUCACGUCUCCAGCUCCUCUAUAUUCGGUUUCGCCAUCCAAAAUCUUUCGGCAAGACAUUCCUCGAUCAUCACCAUGUAAAUCAAAUAUUUCUUUUAAAUCCACAUCAUCUCUUCUUCCUUCACCUAUGAAAAGUAUCACGAAUCAACAUUAUAAAGCACCGUCUAAAACAUCUAUGAAAAUAUCUCUUGCUUCACAAUAUCCGCCUCCACCGACGUUUUCUAAAGACAAUUUUGAGAUACAUUCACCAGCAUCUUUAUUGGAUGAUAAAGAAAAUAUGGUUCCAAAUAGCUUUUCAAUACCAAAUUCAAAGCUUUCCAAAGGUUCUUCUCGCCAGGAUUCGCAUGAAUCAUCGAAAAAUACAUCUAUGCCACUACAGAAUCUUGUGAUUCCUGAACCACAUGAAAUGCCUCUAAUUGAGGAUGAUGGUCAGAAGCCUCCUUACAGUUAUGCAACACUUAUAGGAAUGGCUAUUUUGCGUGCACCUCAACGUAGAUUAACAUUAUCAGCUAUUUAUCAUUGGAUUUCACAUACUUUUGAAUAUUACUGCAAUAAUGAUUCUGGUUGGCAAAAUAGUAUUCGGCACAAUCUCAGCCUCAAUAAAGCCUUUGUUAAACAAGAACGGCCUAAAGAUGAGCCUGGAAAAGGCAAUUAUUGGACUAUUGAACCAGGAUAUGAAUUUCAGUUUAUGAGAGGACGUACUCGCAAAAAUACAUCGAUAUCUAAACGACCUACUUUAACACCUUCUAUAACUAUACCCCAGAAUGACAAAAAGCGGUCUCUUAUAGAAAAUAUUGUUGAAUCGGAUUGCGAAACUCAAUCUUGUAUAAAGCGCUCCAAAAUAGAUCAUAAUAUGAAUAACACAUUACCGUCUUUGUCGUAUCAGCAUUGUGAUACUACUCCUUCAUCAAUGAAUGAGAAGAUGGAUAUACUUUCUAAUAAGAAUGGCUGUCUUAAUAACUUUUCUCAAUGCCAAACAGCUCUUUCUAAACAAAUACUUCUGCAAAAUCAUAUUGAAAGUCAUUCUACUGGAGCGAUGUUAGAUUUUAUUUCACCACCUGUAUCUCCUCGUCACGAAUCUAUACUCAAUCCAACACCUUAUUCUCCACUAACACCUAUUCUUACUACACAGACUACUUCAGUAUUGCCUAAUUCUAGUCCUACAACAUGUUUACGUAAACACAGAGAUCAUAUCAUUAAAUUAUUAGGAACAUCAGAGAAUAAUCAAGCUUUUGCCGAGGAAGAUCUUUGGGGAACAGGAAGUAUCGAUAAUUCCCAAAAUCCUAAUAUAUCUAUUUUUGAAGAUGAUGAUAUCGUAUCUAAAGCAUGUUUUGGUAGCCCUGAUAAGCGUGAAGCUAAACGUCGAGAAAUCAGAAGAAGUUUGAUUUCCGGAUUACAUAGUAAAGAGCUUUAUGCUAUGGAGGGUGUUUCUGAAGUAAUUGAUAUUUUUGGGAUUGAUAUAGUUAGCAUUGUUCGUCGGGAAAUUGAGCGUAUUAAGCGAGAUGAGGACUCAACAUCUGGAAAUACAGCUCUUGAGGAAUGCCUUGCAUAGGAUUUUUAUGACUUGCUAUGCUUAAUAAUCGUAUUUUUUUUGGUUA